UUGCCCAGAAGAUCCAACUAACACCUACCAGAAAGUAACAGAAUUCUCUUCUACUCCCCCUUCUAAAACUAUUUAUAAACUUUGCACUCCUGCAUAUUCAUCAUCAACGAGCAUUGUUCCAAGUUUGUCUUCUAAUUUCUACCAUACAUAAAGCCAUUAUCAAUAUCAACCAGCCAAUCUAUCUUCUUUCACUCCAAUCCAAGAAAGUUACUCCAAACAUGUCACUCACUUCGAGCCUUGUUGGCCAACGAACCAACAUCUUCGACCCCUUCUCCCUAGACAUCUGGGAUCCCUUCCACGGCUUCUUCCCUUUCGCCAGCACUAAAUCUAAUGUUCCCAGUUCGGCAAGUAAGACCUCUGCCUUUGUGAACACACGCAUUGACUGGAAGGAAACUCCGGAGGCUCACAUAUUCGAGGCUGAUCUUCCUGGGUUGAAGAAGGAUGAGGUGAAGGUCGAGGUCGAGGAAGGUAGAGUUCUGCAAAUCAGCGGGGAGAGGAGCAGAGAAGAAGAGGAGAAGAAUGACAAAUGGCACCGGAUUGAGAGGAGCAGUGGGAAGUUUCAGCGGCGGUUCAGGUUGCCAGAAAAUGCCAAGAUGGAUCAGGUGAAGGCUAGCAUGGAGAAUGGCGUGCUCACUGUCACUGUUCCAAAAGAGGAGGAGAAGAAGCCCGAGGUUAAGGCCAUUGAGAUCUCUGGCUAAUUCAGAAAUUUUUAUUUUAGAUGUGUGCGCGUGUGUAGUAAACUGGUUCUAAGAGUGUUCUGUCCUUGAAAUAAUCAGUGUUCUCUGUUUUGUUCGUCAAAGCCUGCAGUCUGCAUGAUUGUAAUGUUACUGGUAUGGUAGUGAAUGCAUGAGAAUUUGUCUCACUA